AAUUAAAGGCUGGUGGGUGUCUCACCACUACGUGUCCACGUUCCUGUCUGGAGUGAUGCUGACCUGGCCGAAUGGACUAAUUUAUCAGAAGUUUCGCAAUCAAUUCUUAGCGUUUUCAAUUUUUCAGAGCUGUGUCCAGUUCCUGCAAUACUAUUACCAGAGGGGCUGCCUGUACCGGCUGCGGGCCUUGGGGGAGAGAAACCACUUGGACCUCACGGUGGAAGGCUUCCAGUCCUGGAUGUGGCGGGGCCUCACCUUCCUCCUGCCUUUCCUCUUCUGCGGUCACUUCUGGCAGCUCUACAAUGCCAUCACGUUGUUUGAGCUCUCCAGCCACGAGGAAUGCAGAGAAUGGCAGGUGUUCGUGCUGGCGCUCACCUUCCUGGUCCUUUUCCUUGGCAACUUCUUGACCACACUCAAAGUCGUGCAUGCCAAACUCCAGAAGAACAGAAGCAAGACAAAGCAGCCAUGAGCCACGGACUCCCGGGCCCCUCGGGUCCCCAGACUUUGAGGCUGCUGGGGCGGGGGCUGCCGAGCUCCUCCGAGGCAUCGGCCACUUCAGGGGCCAGCGCGACGCUGGGAGCGGGCGAGGCCCGGGUCCCCAGCCGGACAAGAGGACUGUGACCCCGCCCGUCCGCACAGUAUUAGCCCACCUAUUUAUGAUAUAUUUAAUGCCGGGUCCUCCCACUGUCCCUGGAUUCCGAGGCCUCCCCCUGUGCCCUCGCACCAGCCGAGACUGGGCCAGUCUUCCUGGGGGAGGGGCCUGACACCUCAGGGAGCCCCUCUGCCCUACUCCCGUCAUUUGAACCCCCCGAGUUGGGGUCUGGAUGUGCCUCACCGGGGUUGGACUUACGCUGACCUGCUACUUACCGAGUCCUGGGCUGGGGGUGGACUGAAACCCUUCAGCUCCCCGUGGCGCCUCCCUCCCCGGGUGACUCUGCUUCUGCUGUGAGCCCCCCGCCCUCAUGCCCCGCGGCGGGGGAUUAUCUAAGGUCUCCGAGAACCAC